UCGGGGGCGCCGGGGGCGCGGGCGCGCGCGGCGCCGGCGCAGCAACGUUGUGAAUCGCCGGCUGCGCGGCCGUGAGUGUGCGCUUUUCCCGGGCCCGGCCGCGUAGUCCAGCAGGCAUGAGCUACGACCGCGCCAUCACCGUUUUCUCGCCCGACGGCCACCUUUUCCAAGUGGAAUACGCGCAGGAGGCCGUGAAGAAGGGCUCGACGGCGGUCGGUGUUCGAGGAAAAGACAUUGUUGUUCUUGGUGUGGAGAAGAAGUCAGUGGCCAAACUGCAGGAUGAAAGGACAGUGCGGAAGAUCUGUGCUCUGGAUGAUAAUGUCUGCAUGGCAUUCGCCGGCCUUACCGCUGAUGCAAGAAUAGUCAUCAACAGGGCCCGGGUGGAAUGCCAGAGCCACCGACUGACCGUGGAGGACCCGGUCACCGUGGAGUACAUCACCCGUUAUAUCGCCAGUCUGAAGCAGCGCUACACGCAGAGCAACGGGCGCCGGCCAUUUGGCAUCUCUGCCCUCAUUGUGGGUUUUGACUUUGAUGGCACCCCCCGACUCUAUCAGACUGACCCCUCGGGCACAUACCAUGCCUGGAAGGCCAAUGCUAUAGGCCGGGGUGCCAAGUCAGUGCGUGAAUUCCUGGAGAAGAAUUACACUGAUGAAGCCAUUGAAACAGAUGAUCUGACUAUUAAGCUGGUUAUCAAGGCCCUUCUGGAAGUGGUUCAGUCAGGUGGCAAAAACAUAGAGCUGGCUGUCAUGAGGCGAGAUCAACCCCUCAAGAUUUUAAAUCCUGAAGAGAUUGAGAAAUAUGUUGCUGAGAUUGAAAAAGAAAAAGAAGAAAAUGAAAAGAAGAAACAAAAGAAAGCAUCAUGAUGAAAUGAAAUUUUGCUUGUAAUGAUUUUUAAAUUCAAAUCAUGGCUGAUUUCCAAAAGGAUACGUAUGCGUUUCCAUUCCAUUUAAUCGUACUGUCCAAGUGUCCUACAAUAAAUUUGCCUAUUUUUUAACCUUUC